AUGAGUCCAUCAAGAGGAUGGCUUUUUUUAUGCUUGGUGGCGCGCGCGAGCGCCAUUUGCUCUAGGGCGCCGGAUGCGGGACAGGAGACCUGCCUGCGUGGGCGCACUUUCGGCUCGACGCCAAGCGGUCGCCGAACCUGCAGACCUGAUCCAUGGGCCUCACAGACUUGGAAUCAGCGUUUUGGUAAGCGGCCGUCAAAUUUUGGCUGUCGGCUAGCUGGGGACAGUUCAUGCGGAUCGCCAGUUCAUCGUGGGUCUAUAGCCUGCUGGCUGGUCUUCGCAACCGUAUCAUGCAAGGCACUUCGUGCCAGAGGCUCCAGGUGCAAACGUAAAGCAACGCCGAGCCGUGACAUGGGAGCUACGAGGUACCUGGGAGCUACAAGGCUCCUAGUGGAUGCAGAUAGUCACAGUAUUGAACAAAUCGAGGACGUCAUCACACAGCUGGAGAAGUCUGGUAGAAAGGUGCACACAACCGUUUUUGCACCGCCUGGUCGUGACGAUAAUAAGAGAUGGAGCCAGUUCUUACAAGAUCCAAGGAUCACCUUGCAGCCUGUCGAACGCAACUCUAGCCGAGUUGGAGAAGCUAAUGAUGCGGAGAUCGACAAGGCGCUCCGCAACAGCAACGCUGAACAAAGCGUGGCGCUCCUGAUCUCUGACUUCGAUCACGCAGAUGCCAUUAUGAAGGCCAUGAGCGAUGGCAAGCAGGUAUCGGUUUUCGUGACAUCAAACCUUCCCACUCUCAUUGAUCGCUAUCGGCGUGUCGGGGUGGACGUCACAGAGCUGCAGCCGCGGGUGUCCGCGUUCGCGAGAGUGCGUGCAAUUUUGCAUCAAGAUGGCAGUGGGGACGUGCAAUUGGACGACCCGUGUCCUCCUUGGUACGAUGCUGAAAUUGCCCACGCUUGCGAGGGUUUUUUGCAUAAGCUCGGCUACCUGUCAAAUCCGGAGAGGGAAAAGUGGAUUCACGCAGUGGCAAAGUUCUGGCUCAACAAUGGGUUAGGAUCGAUCACAGUGUUCCCUGCUCAUGUUUGCAUCCCGCAGGUCUUGAAGCAAAUGCAGGGCGGUGGUGGAAAAACAUGGAAGAAGUAUGGUGGCAACAUGGCGUUCUUCCUGCCGAAAUCCGCAGCACAAAAGCCAACCAAAACGCAGCUCAGCAAGUUCGGCAAUCGUGCAUCAAGGCAAGUCUUCAAGGGCGGGGGUCCAUUCCUGCUUAACGACUCCACGACAUUGGUGUCCCAGGCUUUAAGAAAGCUCGGGUAUGUGGACGACACUAUGAAUGCAGACGUGCGAGAGGCCAUGCUGGUUUUCGUGAACGCCCCGAAAAACAAGUCUAACUUGCGGAAGAACCUGGAUGCGCUUCCCGCUGCUACUGACACUGCUGCAGAGGUUGAGGAAAAGCUUCGACACGCUUUUCUGUCGCACUUGACAGAUGGACAAUGGGAGGUAGCUCGCAAGGAUGAUGCAGUGCGCAAGCACCUGUACAAGCAGGGUCUCUUGGACAGUGUGAAAGCUGCACGUGAAGAUGUCUUCGUGGCAAUGGCCGAAUAUGCCAGGCAACAUCAGCUCCCUGAGAUGAAGACUUACAACGGAUACGUGUUUCGAGUCGUCUACUCCCUGGAUUCCAACCCAACGAAGACUGGAGCCAUUGAAAUCUUGCAGUGA